ACACUUGCCUCUUUGCCAAAUCCAUAUUUCUCACACUUUGCCAAUUUCUUUUCUUUUUUGCCAACUCAUUUCUUGAAAGGCGUGAGCUAGUUAGAUUCUUCAUCUGGAUCGGUUUUGGUUGAACAUUUAUUUAUAUACUACAAACUUCGAACCCCAAUACCUGUUGCCGCCUUCUUUUCCACUAUAACAACUUUUGGGUUGUUUACCUAAAGUUGUCUCAAGUGUGACGGAGGUUUCAAAGUUUUUUUUUUACUCUGAUUCAAGAAUAACCCAUCUAGGUGUAAUUAUCUAUGUUUUCUGAUGAAACCCAUGUGAAAAAAAUCGUCCAUUUAUUAGUUUUGUUGUAGUUCUUGAAUGCUUCAGUAACACACAAUUGUGGUCAUAAGUGCCAAAGAUUUGAUUUUGAUAAGGUUGUCUUCAUUUUCUUGAAAACCCAGGAGAGUGCUAGAUCUUGUAUGUUGGCGAAAUUGGUGGAACAUUACUGCUUCUUGUUUAUGCAUUUGCUUUAAAAGGUUGAGAAGAGUUGUAGUUCGUGUAUUUGCAAUUGAUUGAUAGAUUGAGUUGUUGGUGUAUUGGGAAUAGUUUGAAAUUUCAUAGAAAAUAAGAUGGUUGGAUCUGAGGAAGGAGUAAUGAGUCAUGUUUACCCGAAUGGGUUGAUUCAAAGUACUAAUGGUUAUUCUGUGGAGGAGAAAGUUGAUGAGCUACGUCGAAUUUUUGGUAAAGCGGAUGGUGAUCCGUUGAGAAUUGUAGGUGUUGGAGCAGGAGCAUGGGGUAGUGUUUUUGUAGCAAUGUUGCAGGAUGCGUAUGGUAAUCUUCGAGAGAAGGUACAGAUUAGAAUAUGGAGGAGAGCUGGAAGAGAUGUUGAUAAAGCUACUGCAGAGCAUUUAUUUGAGGUGAUCAAUUCAAGGGAGGAUGUGUUGAGGAGGUUGAUAAGACGGUGUGCAUACUUGAAGUAUGUUGAGGCAAGAUUAGGUGAUAGGACACUACAUGCUGAUGAGAUUUUGAAAGAUGGCUUUUGUUCGAAUAUGAUUGAUACGCCACUUUGCCCUUUGAAGGUAGUCACUAAUUUGCAGGAGGCCGUGUGGGAUGCUGAUAUUGUUAUCAAUGGUUUGCCAUCAACAGAAACUAGGGAUGUAUUUCAAGAAAUCAGUCGGUACUGGAAGGAACGUAUUACUGUUCCAGUCAUUAUAUCUUUGGCAAAGGGCAUAGAGGCUGAACUAGGACCUGAACCCCGGAUUGUUACCCCAACGCAAAUGAUUAACAAAGCAACUGGAGUUCCAAUAGAGAACAUCUUGUAUCUUGGUGGACCUAAUAUUGCAUCAGAGAUUUAUAACAGAGAAUACGCCAAUGCCCGGAUAUGUGGAGCUGAGAAGUGGCGGAAAGCACUAGCGAGAUUUUUGAGGCAGCCACAUUUUAUCGUAUGGGACAAUGGUGACCUGGUAACUCAUGAGGUCAUGGGUGGUCUAAAGAAUGUAUACGCCAUUGGAGCUGGUAUGGUAGCAGCUCUUACCAAUGAAAGUGCCACAAGCAAGUCAGUAUACUUCGCACAUUGUACAUCUGAGAUGAUAUUCAUCACACAUCUCCUGGCUGAAGGACCCGAGAAGCUUGCAGGUCCACUUCUGGCUGAUACAUAUGUGACCCUGUUAAAAGGUCGUAAUGCUUGGUACGGCCAAAAGUUGGCUAAAGGGGAAAUAAACCUUGAAAUGGGUGACAGCAUCAAGGGAAAGGGGAUGAUACAGGGAGUUUCAGCAGUAAAAGCAUUCUAUGAGCUACUUAGUCAGUCCAGUUUAAAUAUUUUUCAUCCUGAUGAAAACAAACAUGUAGCUCCUGUUGAACUUUGUCCUUUAUUGAAGACAUUGUACAAAAUACUAAUAAUGAGGGAGGUUUCAUCAGAGGCGAUUCUUCAGGCCCUGAGAGACGAAACUAUGAAUGAUCCACGUGAUCGUAUUGAGAUUGCACAAAGCCAUGCCAUCUAUAGACCUUCAUUACUUGGGCAGUAGAAGCACACCAGCAUCACCUACUAUUCCAUUUCUUCCUUUGACAGUUGCUUUUGAAAUUAGGUGUUGUAUGUUCAGUCAAUUUUGUAACAUGGUCCUUAGACAAUUGGACGAGCUAUCUUGUAGCAUGAGAAUUCAUGUUGUAUCAUCACCUUCAAUUUAUUCAAUCUUUCACACUUUUUUUGUUUU